UCCGUUAAGAUGUGUCUCUAGUCUCUGCUCUCUAGUUGAUUUUGUUAACGUUUGUCAUUUCUAUGAUAAUUUUAAUGAAAUGUUAAAAAAAUAAGUCAUUACAUCUAUUACAUAUACAGUACAUACAGUAUGAAAUAAUACCUGACAUUUAUAGGUCGGAACAUUAAAACUACUACGAUAGUACGCCCCCGGGGGUAUAUUCAGUGGCGCACAGGCUGGCUUUUAGGUCCACUUUUAAACGUUUACUUUCUCUAAUGUAUUGUCUUAAGGGUUUUUUGUUUGGCGUAUCUUGACAGCAUGUCUUCGUGUGUUUAUUAGGUAUCAGGUUCUGUUUUAUGUAUUGUCAUACAUCUGUUUUACACUUUUAGAGGGCACACUUCCGGUCCAUUCUUCCGUCCUUCACUCGCCUCAAGCUGACGCAGGUUGUCAAACAUGGCGGUUCAGGUGUCCGAGUCGGACCAGGUCAAACAGUUCAAAGAGUUUUUGGGGACGUACAACAAGGUGACAGAGAACUGCUUCAUGGACUGCGUCAAAGACUUCACCAGCAGGGACGUCCGGCCCGAAGAGUCCGUGUGCUCCGAGUCCUGUCUCCAGAAGUACCUGAAGAUGACCCAACGGAUCUCCAUGCGCUUCCAGGAGUACCACAUCCAGCAGAACGAGGCGCUGGCGGCUAAAGCGGGUCUGCUGGGUCAAUCUCACUGAACUGGGAUGAUGGAAUAUGUGGCUAAUAAAAAUGUGACUGAAAUUUAAAAACUUUAUUGGAAACCA